AUGUUGGUCUUCUGUCGCGAAGACGCCAUCGAACAGAACAGAGGAGUCUUUCAGUGGUUGCAACACAAGUACAAUGAGAUCAACAAAACCAGCUUUGAAUGGGAUCUCGAAGUUCUCGAUUUAGUGCUACUCUUGUACUACAUCUCCAAGUCUGGCGGACACACCAUAUCUAUGGCGGCCGGAGAGGAUGUAUUGUCGUCCUCUGCGUACGACUACUCGAAGAACACUUUGUGUGACUAUCACGAAGAGAUAGACAACAGACACUGCGCGCAAGGGUUGGCCCGACGGCUAUGCUAUAUGUUGACGGAUGGGUUGUGUCCCAUGUUUGGCAUCACUCCCACUGACAAGCACUUGCCGUCCAAACGGGAUGUGAUCGCUGAGACAUAUAAGGCUCAGCUUCUGGAAGUGAAACCAUUGCCGGCCUAUAGAUAUCACCAAAAUUUGGCCACAGAUGACAGUCAGUGGGAUCCCAAUCAAGUCGAGAAGGAGAUUGAUGAGGAGGGGGCGGCCGGCGGUGCCAGACCUAAGACAGGCAUUGGUCGCGGACGGGCUCACGCUUUCAAACCC